AUAUAAGAAAAUAAACAACAUUACUUACUUAUAAGUUUUAGGCUAUAACAGUAUAAAGGUACGACAAUACAAUAAUUUAAAAAAAUAUUAAGUAUUCGAGUGACGUUUAGAAUCAAGAUCGUUUAUCCUGCCAGACUUCUACAGUUGUUUCGUGACCGUGAAUCAAGUUUACUAUUAAACUGCGUCCGUUUUUCUUCAAGGCACGAAUCGUAUUCGGACAUUUUUGAAAUGUUACCUUAGCAACUGUUAUGUUUCGUUUGCAUAAACAUUGAUCUAACUUUUUCUUCUUCUACUGCGCGAGUGAUAAUAUCGUUUUCUGUUUAGCGUAUCCGUAAAUAUGUUUAAAAAUACAUUUCAAAGUGGUUUUCUGUCUAUACUCUACAGCAUUGGCAGCAAACCCUUGCAGCUCUGGGAUAAAACUGUUAGAAAUGGACAUAUUAAACGCAUUACGGACAAUGAUAUCCAAUCUUUGGUGUUGGACAUUGUAGGCACAAAUAUCAGUACGACAUACAUUACAUGUCCGGCCGAAAAAACCAAAACUCUGGGUAUAAAACUACCAUAUCUAAUUAUGAUUGUCAAGAACAUGAAGAAAUAUUUCACUUUUGAAGUGCAGAUUCUUGAUGAUAAAAAUAUUAGACGUAGAUUUCGAGCCAGUAAUUAUCAAUCAACGACUAGAGUUAAACCAUUCAUUUGUACAAUGCCAAUGCGUCUAGACGAAGGUUGGAACCAGAUACAGUUUAAUCUAGCAGAUUUCACUAGACGUGCUUAUGGUACCGGAUAUGUAGAAACAUUGAGAGUACAAUUACAUGCCAAUUGCAGAGUUAGAAGAGUUUAUUUUAGUGAUAGAUUGUACUCUGAAGAUGAAUUGCCUGCAGAAUUUAAAUUAUUUUUACCUGUUCAAAGUAAAGUCGACCACAGACAGAGAGUAGAUUGAACUUGCAGAAGCGCCCAUAAUCUCUUACUACUGACAAACAACAAACAGAUUUCACCACCUCAACAAUAAUAGUCAUUUUAGCUCCACCAGAUAAAUCCACAGUAUGCUGUCCAAAACUAACCACUUGGUUGGCCAAUUCCUUAAUAACUUCAUCACGCCGCACUGAAUUGUUAUAUCUGUGGCUAUAUAUGCCAUUCAAUUAAAAUAAUUUAAGGUUUUUGUGUGAAAAUUGUAUUUAAAUAAAUAUUUUUUUUACUUGAACAUAA